AUGACGGGCGCUGCUUCGCUUCGGUAUCUCGCCCUUGACACGCUGGCCACGGACUGCGUUGCGCUCUUCCGUGAGUCCUGCUUCAAGGCCCAGCUGCCGGUCGUCCUGCCUCGAGGCCUUUUCCGAAACUACCGCGCUGUCUCCCGGUGGUUUGACCCUCGUCCUCCUCCUGUUGCUGGUGCUGGUGCUUCCUCCGCACCGGCGUCGAAUCCCGGCCUCAACUACGCCUAUCUCGAGCAGCACGGCGACUGCUACGUGCCAUUGGAGCUGACUAUACCCGGCGGACAGGAUGGGAUCGUCUUCGAGCGGGCUCACCGGCCGUUGAGCCUGUUUCUCCAGUGGACGCGGUCGGUACAGUCGACGUCGGCCGCAGAACCACAGGACGGGCCACGGCUAUACCUCGCUCAAUGCCAGCUCCUGGAUCUACCGGGCUCGCUUCGGGAUGACUUCCCGACUCCCUCAUAUGUCAUGCAGGCCGGCAAGGGAGACAUCUACGAUACCAAUAUAUGGAUUGGGCUGGCUCCGACUUACACUCCUCUGCACCGCGACCCAAACCCGAACCUGUUCGUGCAGCUGGCCGGCUCAAAACAUGUCAGGCUGCUAGCUCCAGAUGUCGGACAUGGGGUGUUUGCUCAAGUCAGGGAAACACUAGACUCGGCUCGAGCAGGACAUGGCCACAGCUCGGCCAUCAGAGGUGAUGAGAUGAUGAAAGGGGCAGAGCGCCAGCUCUUGGACCGCGCCGUCUGGGACAAUAAUAACGAACACAUGCCGGGCACAACUCAGGGCAUCGUCGGAUAUGAUACCAUUCUCCAGCCAGGGGACGCUCUUUUCAUCCCGACCGGAUGGUGGCAUAGUAUCAAGGGUGUUGGUCAGGGAAUCACUGCUUCCGUCAACUGGUGGUUCCGGUGA